AGAUUGAAUUACAGGAGGUGGGGACCUGCAGUGCUUGCAGUGGGACAAGGGGGUGAGGGAUGAAGGAGAACUUGCUGGGGAUUUCAUGCCUGAAACACCCGCAGACUGGGAAGGGGAACAAAGGGGGAAGGAAAGCAGGUCGGCAAGAAUAGAUUUCCCCAGAAUAAACCAUCUUCAUUGUAGUCGGAGAAGACGGUUUGGAGCUACAAAGUUGACCUGCUUGCCUUUGGAUGCUGCUGCUGCUGUAUACGAGCAGCGGCGAAGUAAAUUGAAGUUACUGACUUCUGAAGGAGAUUCACAAGACGAUAUUAUUUCUAUCUGGAAGAAGAUUUCAAGUUUUUUUUUUGGCAGCUAUAGACAUCAUUACACGAAAACAGCGGAAUGUAUAUUGAAUGCGUGAAACACAUGCAGCUGGCUCUUCUGUAACGGUCUUUGAAUACCAAACGGUCUAUAAAAAUAUAGGGUGUUGUUAAAGAAAAUAUAGAGAGACGGGUGUAAUUUGCUAAUGGUUUCAUUAAUAAAUGCUCCCUGAUAACGGUGUGUUAAUACUGUCUACAGUAGAUGCUCCGUUGUAUGGCACGACUCAAACACGAAUGAAUAGAGCCGCUUGAAAUGCCAGUUUUAUUAUUUAUUAGUUGUUUUUCUUGACCAUGCAGCACAUCAUUUUCUAUUUAAUUUUAAGUAGAAAUAAAAUAGGCUACAGUUAUAUUUUAUUUAAUAGAUGCUGAAUAUGUAAUUAAUAUUGUAUUUAAAAAAAAAAAUAACAAGGGCAAUACAUAGCCUUCAACGUGUAAUACUGCAGUGUUUUAUUUGCGAUAUUAUAAAUCUCUCUCUAUAUAUUUAAAGGUAUUGAAUGCGAAUCCAGCUCCAGCAGGUCCGAUGCUUGUAUUAUCAAUAAUUUAAGGUGUCAUCGCUUUCAUUAUGACGCAAUUAUGACAUGAAUUGUUGUAAACACGGUAAAGCGUCCCUGGCCACAGUAAAAGUGAAACUUUGUUGAAAACUUGGUCACAUCCUUCCCUUCAGCAUCUCAAUUCGUUAUCUACCGCACGGAAGCUUACGAGCAAGAACAAACAUACGCGGUAAAACCAGGACAAGUUAAUAUAUCGUUCAACCCCUAACCCACACGAGAAGAGUUCAUCUCAGGAACUGCAGUAUUACAACACGACACGUUCAUCUUAAUUAUUCACUUUUUACUCUGAAACUAAAAUAAUUUGUGUUUUGCUUAAUUCACCCGCACGACGUUUUUAUUUAAUUGUUAUUUCUAAUGAAACGAUCGUUUACUUUGGAAAACGUUUUUAAUAUUCAAGCUCCAACCUGCUCUAGUCGCAAUAUUAGCGCUAUUCACGUGAAAAAAAUACCCACGUAUUCUGGCAGGGAAGCGGACAGAACGUGGAGAAGAUGUUCCUGUAGUUGACAGAGGAAGCACACAACUCUCUCUGUCUCUUAGAUAAUGCCAGUUAUGCAUUUACUGCUUAAAUGCAGCUGCGGUGAACUUGAUAGGAAUUUGAAGCUAGUGCUAAAGAACCGGGACUUGACGGAUUUUCUUAAUCCAAAGGAAUUAUUUUGCUAAUGUGUGAAUUUGGAUAUUGUUAACAUCAGAGGAAGCCAAGCACCCUUAAACUCAGCAGCACAAACACAAUCGUUCUUUCUUUCUUUUUUUUUUUUAAACCCAAGAUGAGUACAUUUUUUUCUUUUUUUUUUUUACAGAGUGGAUGUUAAACUAUCAUAAUCACUGUGAAGACAUUUGCAUUUCCAUGCGCUGGUAUUACAGAGAAAGCCUGUGUUUGUUAUUGAUUGCACUGCUGUUAAAUGUUGCCAUGGGCUGCAUACACAGUAUCAGGUGCAAACCGAAGAAUUUCCGAGACAGCGUCGCCGUUCUGGAAGUGACCGCUUCCAUCGAUUCGAACCCCACCAGCAUCGACGAGUCCUCAGGCGUGGUGCUGCGGUACCGGACCCCACACUUUCGGGCUUCAGCUCGGGUCCUCGUAUCGCCAAUGUCCGGGAAGGAGACCUGGACUGUAGGAUGGAUCCAGGCUUGCAACCACAUGGAGUUUCACAACAAGUACGGGAGCAAGGGAAUGUCGAGUUGGGAGCUCCCGGACUUGAGAGACAGCAAAGUCCAAGCAAUAAGCGACUCUGAUGGGGUGAACUACCCUUGGUAUGGUAACACCACGGAGACCUGCACCAUCGUGGGCCCGACCAGGAGGGAGACCAAGUUCACUGUCAGCAUGAACGACAACUUCUACCCAAGCGUGACGUGGGGGGUGCCGGUCAGCGACAGCAACGCCCCGCAGCUGACCAGCAUCCGCAGGGACCAGAGCUUCACCACCUGGCUGGUCGCCAUCAACCAGGCCACCAACGAGACCAUCGCACUGCAGACUGUCAAGUGGAGGAUGCAGCUGCAUAUCGAGGUCUUCCCGGAGAAGCCUCUGGGCCACCGGGCCAAGCUGCUGGAACCCUCUGCCCAGGAGCAGCCCACCAUCCUCACCAAGAACGAGCCCAUCCCCCCCAACGCCUUGGUGAAGCCCAACGCCAACGACGCUCAGGUCCUCAUGUGGCGGCCAAAGACUGGGGAGCCGGUCGUGGUUAUACCUCCCAAAUACUGAACUCACUUUCUGCUGAAACACAGUGAAAGGGCACUUAAAAAAGAAAAAAAAAAGUUCUAUUAUGAAGACAAAAUAAAGAUGCCCGGAUCGGAAAUACCAAUGGACUAUUCCUGGAAUGAAUGAUUGCAACCAAUCUACCUUUUAAACUGGGUCGGGUAUCACUGUGCUAAAUGAAAUCAUUGCAAAAAACAAAUCUUGGCUAUUUGCUUGCUAUCUAGA